AUGACAGACGACUUGUGUUCGACAGACUCCCGCCUGACUUGCUCCCCUUUGUCUUCUUGGACUUUCCAGUCAUGGAUCAAGAUGACCACGAUUGCCCAGGCUGUUGACUACGAGGAUCCAUCCGCUCUACACGAGAUAUGCAACACGAUUAAUUUCCUUCCACCGCUUGUCAGUCCCACCAAAAUAGAAAUCGCCCGGUCACACUUUGCUGCAGUAGCGCAAGGGCAAGCUUUCAUUUUGCAGGGUGGCGAUUGCGCAGAGAGCCUCCAGGAUGUUCGAGCGCAUAUCAUCCACCAGAAAGUGAGGCUACUCCAAGAGCAGUCCCGGAUUCUGGCCCAAGGGCUGAAGCUACCCGUGAUCGCGGUGGGACGUAUAGCUGGCCAGUACGCUAAACCUCGAUCUAACCCAUGGGAGAUACUGCCUGAUGGGACGAAGAUACAUGCCUUCCGCGGUCAUAAUAUUAACAACGUGGGCAUUAAUGAGCGGCAGCCUGAUCCCCAUCGACUACUGCUCGGUUAUUUUCAUGCGCCGGCAACCCUAGACUUGACGAAGGAAGGGCAACUUCCCACCACGCCGCCCACACCCGGUCCCUCUAGUCCGAUCCUACGCAACACCGGGUUAGGACAGACCGUCACCCCAUUUGAGAGUCCGCAAGGAGCUAUUUUCACGUCUCACGAGGCGCUGCAUCUGCCUUUCGAGAGUGCUGUCACACAUAAUGGAUACAACACCCCCGCAAGUUUUGUCUGGAUCGGGGAGCGAUCUCGUCAGUUAGACGGAGCUCAUAUUGAAUACGUACGUGGUCUCCGAAAUCCGAUCGGAAUUAAAGUUGGACCGGCUAUGGACGGCCAAACCCUGGUGGAUUUGUUGGAUAAAUUGUGUCCGGACCCCACCAACCAGAGCAACAUAGGCCGUGUCACAGUCAUCACGAGAUUCGGCGCAGAGGGCGUCGAUAAUGUGCUGCCGAGCCUCAUUCAAGCCGUGAAGAAAACAUAUCAUUGCCCUGUCUGGAUGUGUGAUCCUUGCCAUGGUAACACACAAACAACAAGUGACGGUGUCAAAACACGAGAUGUGGAUCUUAUUAUAGAGGAGCUGAUUAAGACUGUUCAGUCGCAUUGGGACAAUAACUCCAUUCUAGGGGGUGUUCAUCUAGAGCAGACGGGGGAGUUUGUUACAGAAUGUCUGGACGGCACGAAAUUAGGAUCGGAGGGGGAGCCUAGGGCUUCACUAUCGUUCAUUAUGCGAUCCACGCUUGUUCUACAUCCAAGCUCCGAGGGUGAUCAGGGCUUUUGUUUCAACUCUUACAUUAUUCAUAGCUCAAUAUCAGCUGGAUUCGUGUGGGGCAGUGGCGAUGGAUAA